AUGGCUGAACAGAGCAAGAGGGGCUCGCAGCUGGAGAACGGCGAGCACGGGCACAACGGCAAGAAGGCGAGGGCGCAGGCCAUGCCCAACGGCGCGAUCAAGCAGGAGCAGCAAGAGAUAGACGAGGCAGCAGAGGAGGAAGAAGAGCAGGAGGAAGGCGAGGUUAGCCAAGGCAGCGGCUCCGGAGCCAUGGAGGAGGCGCAGAUCAAUUUGAGGUUUGGGAUCACCUUGUUCCACUGCCGAUCUUGUCGCCUUCCCCUCAAGCCUCCAACGUUCAAGUGUGCGUACGGGCACGUGAUAUGCGGCAGCUGCUGCAACAGCCACGAGCAGGUGUGCCGCGGCGCCGCCGUCUACUCGCCGUGCGUGGAGGUGGACGCGUUCGUGCGCGGCGCCAAGCAGCCCUGCGCGUACGAGGAGUUCGGGUGCAAGAGCUCCGUGGUCUACUUCGAGGCGGCGGACCACCAGCGCGCAUGCCAGUGGGCGCCUUGCUCGUGCCCGGACCCCGGCUGCGGCUUCUUCAGCUCGCCGGCGAGGCUGGCCAGCCACUUCGCUGGCGCCCACUCCUGGCCCGUCACGGAGGUGAGCUACGGGAAGCCGCUCAGGGUCGCCCUGCCGCCGCCGCGGGGCUGGCACGUGCUGGUUGGCGAGGAGGGCCGGCGCGUGUUCCUAGUGUCCGCGUGCACGCUCGGCGCCGCCGCCGCGGUGUCGCUGGUGUGCGUGAGGGCCAACGGCGACGCGGCGGAGGGGGCGCCUCAGUUCAGGUGCAAGCUCUGGGCGGAGGCCGCCAGCAGCAAGGAGAGCGUGGCGAUGAUGAUGUCCAUGGUGGCGAGCUGCAGCAUGUCCGGCGCCGGUGCGUUCUCGGCCGCUGACCAGGGCAUGUUCCUCGCGAUGCCACCGGAGAUCCUGGACGACGCGUUCGGCGGCGAGGCGCCCGUCCUCAUGGUUCGCAUCGACAGAGCAGGUGCUGCUGCCAAAUCGACCACGCCGGCACCGAGGAGCUCUAGGCCUGUAGCUCUAGGAGGCUGCUGA